CAGGAGUGGGAGCAGCUUCGGUUGCCCUUAUUGUGUAUGGGACCUGCUGUCAGCUUUCUCUGCUGCACACAAGCUUCCCAUGCUGUUAGGACCCCCAUCCCUGCAGCCUGGACACUGGGCUAUCUUGUGCUCCUUGUAUUACAGUCCUGCUCCCUGGGUGGUACCUGGCAUGCAUUGAGAUCUGGAAGUCACAUUUGGCUGGGUACCCCUGUAGACACAGACUGACCACAUGGCACCCUGGGAGUCCUGCACAGCUGUGCUCCUGAUGGCAUGGGUGGCUGCAUGUGCUGCCAAGGGGCAGCUGAGUUGCAAAGAAGUCCGAGCCAGUUUCUCCUCCCUGCAGCCUGGGGUGAGAUGGGUCCCAGAGUCACCUGUGCCAGGAACUGAUCUACAAGUCUGUGUCACUAAAACCUCUACCUGCUGCUCCAGGAAAAUGGAAGAGAGGUAUCAGGUUGCAUCUCGUUUAAACUUGGAGCAACUCAUCCAGAGUGCCAGUGCCAAACUCAAAUUUCUGAUCAUACAGAAUGCUGCUAUAUUUCAAGAAGCCUUUGAAAUUGUAAUACGGCACGCAAGAAAUUACACAAACAUGAUGUUUAAGAACCAUUACCAGAACAUCUCAUCAAGGACAGCUAAGCUUGUGGGUGAAUUAUUCACAGACAUUUCACUAUACGUGCUGGGGUCAGACAUAAAUGUGAACAAUAUGGUGGAUGAGUUUUUUGACAGCUUAUUCCCUGUAUUAUACGGUUAUUACCUAAACCCAGGAGUCCAGGAAUCCGUGGAAAAUCUAGAAUGCCUUCGACUUGCAAGACGGGACACCAAUGCUUUUGGCCAGUAUCCCAAAACUAUCAUGACUCAAGUAUCAAAGUCCUUGCAAGCGUCUCGGGUUUUUCUGCAAGCUUUAAAUCUUGGCAUUGAAGUGAUUAACACCACUGAUUAUUUGAAAUUCAACAAAGAGUGUGGAAGGACACUGGUGAAAAUGUGGUACUGCUCCCACUGCCAGGGUAUUCUGGUGGCACAGCCUUGUGGUGGCUACUGCGGACACGUGAUGAGAAGUUGUUUGGCAAGCGUGGUUGAUAUUGAUCCCCACUGGAAUGAGUAUAUUGCUUCAGUAGAGCGCCUUGCUAAAGAAAUGCACGGAAUUUAUGACCUGGAACAUGUUCUUCUCAACCUCUUCUCGCUAAUUCGUGAUGCCGUGGUACAUGUCGAGAAGAACAGAGGGAAAAUGUCCACAGCAAUAAACAAAAUAUGCAACCAUUCAAAGCAACGAGUAGCAAGGUCGGUGCACAAAGCGAGAGACUCGCAUGUUAAUAGAAAAACGUUCAAGUCUCAUCCAGAGCACGAAGAGACCCUUUCUGGAAAAAGAAGGGAAUUUAUUAUGAAAUUGAAAACAUACAGCUAUUUUUACGGCAAUCUCCCCGCACUCAUGUGUCGUCAAAGUUCUGUUGUUGAAAAUGAUACGUCGUGCUGGAAUGGACAGGAGCUGGUGGACAGAUUCAGCCACCACAACGUGAAAAACGGAUUAAAGAUGCAGAUGAGCAACCAUGAUGCAAAAACCAGAGGCUCGGAACCUGUAAUCAAUCAAAUCAUAGAUAAAUUAAAUCAUAUCAACCAGAUAUUGAAAACAAUGUCAAGCCAACGACGAAAAAGCGGCGGCAGAACCUCGGAAAAAGAGGAGCCAGGGAGCGGCAACUGCGAUGAUGAAGAUGAUUGCGACGUUGGUUCUGGAAGAGAGGGGUUAAGAAUCAGGAACCAGCUGCGCCUUAUACCAGAUUUGGACUAUGAGCUGGAUAUUGAUGACAUGCCACUCAAUAAACAAAUUCGGAAUCAGAAGGACCAGAACGGAAGACAGACAACCGGCCUUCAGUCUGGGAGCAGCAAGGCUGGAACUUCUUUAACCAAACUCUUUCUACUCAUCAUAAUCACCCUCUUGGGGCCGAUGUGAAAGAUUUAAACCUCUUGAUUUAAUGCCUAUCUUACUCUAGUAGCUGAUACAUUGCUAGCUGUAUUUACGAUUUAUAACAACAUUUCUCAAACCAUUGUAAAGAAUCUUGGGAGCCAACAGAAUUUUAUAUAAUAAAUAAUUAUUAUUAAUCUAUUAAUAAAGACA